AUGCUGUGUUUCCAGUCGUUCGCUCAGGGUGCUGGCGAUGAGGGGACUUCGGCGCGACUGUCUGCCGCUUCGCGCGACGCAGAGACCUGCGGAGAGUCCUCCAGGAUUGUUUUUCCUGUGGAUUCCUUGAAGUCUCACGAGGACGCGAAGGGCGGUGCCCGCGCCCAGCCAGUGCGGGUUCACUUCGCCUACGCACGCGGACGCCGAGGCCAGGAGAAACCAAUGCAGGUGGUGAUCCCUACGCAUGCAGGCACUGGCUACACGCUUGUGCUGCUCGAAGUCUACCGGGGGCUGGAUUUGCCUGUAAACUUCCUCAAAGAAAUCCAGCUAAAACUGGGGAAGACGCGAGGCGAGGAUCCUGAAACGGCGCCAAGCGCAGCGGACGCUAAAAAAGGCAACGCGACGGACCAGCCGCAGCAGCACGAGGAGAAAGGCGCGGAGGACAGCGAAGACGUUCUGUUUCUCAAAGUCUUCGCCGAGCCUCUGAAUCAGCACGGCGUUGUCGUCUCGCAUCCAGAGAAAAGGCCCCUUUCCAUGCUCGGCCUCGGGAGCGACUCGACGCGAGCGACAGGCUCGACGCACGCGUUCGUGAGCGAAAUCCAACCCGAAGAGGCCGGCGACGUCGCUGUCGCCUUCGCCCUUGUCCGCCCGUGGAAAAUGAGCGACGCGCCGCAGGUUUUUGUCGCGCUGGCGCACUUCGACUGA